AUGGCGUGACUUCCGUUUGCAUAGUAACCAGACGUAUGGGGUGGGGGGAGUUGGAAUCCUGAAGGCGCUGGAAGUGGUUACCGUAACAGUUUAUCGCCGAAGCUAUAGUUUAGUAUUAGGCACUCUAUGGUGAUAUGUGGAGUAGUUGCAACUUCUUGGGGGCAUUAGACCGUGCUGGUUCUACUAGUUGGGUGCAAUCUUGGGAACACAAAAGACCCCGUAUAGGGUCAGAGAUGCAACAGUCAGGAGUUUGCAAAUUUAAAUUAAAAUUAUGUUAGUGUUUUACUCCUCUUUUACCCCGGGCACAACAAUUUGAAAUCGUUUGUACUAAGAUGCAAUAUUUAUUGUACAUUCUGUGCACUUACCUUUGGUAUUUUGCUGUAGUGAAGCAAUGCUAAAGUGUUUUGUCUUCUGUUAUCUGCGGUCCCCAGUUAUAUUUGUGGUACCAAAUUUUUGCAGCUGAGUAAAGAACGCAGAAAUAAUAAUAAAAAGUUACAGACCAGGUUUUGUUACAAACCUGAGCUCCCGACUGGAUAGAUGCUUCUUCCAUAGUGCAGGCUAAGAGGAUAAUCGGCAAAGCGUUCAGCAAUGACUUCAGCGUCCACAAAGGUUGGAGAAAUCUUCUCUGCAGCAGGGGCUGCAUUUAUGAAGCUGGGGGAGCUGACAAUGCAGCUGCAUCCUGUUGCCGAUUCUUCACCAGCAGGUGCUAAAUGGACAGAUACAGAGAUUGAGAUGUUGCGUACAGCUGUCAGACGCUUUGGGGAAGACCUGAACAAAAUCAGUUCCGUGAUCAAAGAACGAACAGUAGCUCAGAUAAAGACAACAGUGAAGCGGAAAAUUUAUGAGGACAGUGGCAUGCCGGUUCCCUCAGAGUCCCCAAAGAAAAUGCUGAAGACUGAUCUAAUGCCAGCAGUGAAUACAGGCCCUACAUCACAGGUGGUGACAAGCACUUCUCUACAGGAUGUUUCUGCAGCUGCUACUAAAAAGGAAAAGACAUCGGAUGUAACCCUGAGUGCUUUGAAUGACUCCUAUGAAAACAGAGAACUUGCAGAUAUCAAAGGACUAGAAGAUUUUGCAUCCAAUAAGCUCAACUUUGAUCAGGAUAGUCUGAACUUGGAUUCCAGUCUUGACCUUCCACUUUUGACCCGCUGAGAAUGGCAAUUGAAACAACCCGGAUAAGUCUACUUGCACAUAGGACUUACAGAGCUUACCUUUGAGCCAGCUGGACAUGACUGCUGUGACACAAUCUCAAUGACAUUUUUUAUGUCCUAGCUCUCUCUUCAGAAUACGAUAGUGAGAUAGAUGGAAUCUGUUUCUUUUUUUUUUUUCAUUGUACAUUAUAUGAAAUUGGACACAGGAUGGUAAUUGUUUGUGCAACUUGAAGGUAAAAUUUUUAAGAAAUAUUUAAAAAAUGCUGAGUUUGUUAAAACAAAAAUCCGUGUAGUUUUUUUUUUUCAUGUUUUAGACUGCGUAGAAAAGGCGAGUUUUAAUUAAAUAUGCUAGCUUUU